UCUCACGCACACAGUCGCCUGUCAGUAGCGCCAAACACGGCGUUGUUUCGAAGUUUUUUUUUUUGGUUUAUUUCAAUUUGUCAUUUUUAAAGAUUUCUGUUCAUGCGAAUAUGUGCGAAGUGCGCAACUUGAUUGACCUGACCGAGUGGGACGAGCCCAACAAGGAGACGCUGCACGAGGAGCCGGAGGACAUGGUGGCCUCCGCGACUUUCGAGGGACCCUACGAUCCCUUCGAUCUGAUGGAAAAGGAAGCCUGCAUCAAGGGCAUGACCUUGAAGACGCAGAUCAAGGAGAAGAUGUCCAGUGCCGAGCGACAGUAUCCGGAUCUGGAGAGCGAGAGUCCUCCGGUUUGCAUGCAGACACAAGAAGCAGCCGCCGCCUCCGCAUCCUCCUCCGGGGAGGCAACACAAAAGCGCCGCUCGAACAGCUCCUUUCAGAAGCAGCUGCUCAAACUGAACGCCUCACGAUCCGUGGCCAACACUCCGCCCCAGAAUCGUUCCAAAUCAGAGUUCGAGAAGACCAUCCUCAAUGAAAACCUACAGAUGCUGGCCGCCGAAUCGCCGCUGAAGCUUAUCGAAGAUGACGACGUCCUGUCCUCCAGCAUGAACUUCGAGGAGGACCUCAAAAUGCUGCGCAUUCCAGUUCUGGAUGCGCUGAACAACGCGGAGGAGCCCAAGACAAAUGUCGAGGAAAACAAUAACAACCGACAACUUAUCAAAAUUGAGCCAAAAACAUUGGAAAGUUCGCAGGAGCCACUCGAGGAUCGGGCAAACGGCAAGAAUUUGGGGCAACUGCUGCAGCAGCUGAAGUUGCUGGCCCACGAGCACGUCGAGAGGACCAAGUGGCAUCUGUUUGACACGGCAAUCGAAACGAUUGCAGCCGUUAUCUUCGGUCCCAGUGGCUCUGGUGCGGAGGCCCGCAAAUCCGACUUGCCAAAACCGCCGCCCUCCUACACGUACAACCGCCAGGGAACGUUUGACCUCGAACUUCAGGGCUCAAAGACGAAGCGUUCCUUCGACGCUUCGCAGGUGCAGGAGGAGGAGGAGGAGGAGGGCGAGCAGGAGGAUAUCCUGUUGCCAGGUAGCAAGAUCCAUAACUUUCCCGAUGCCAUGGUCUGCUCCUCGGCCACCUACGAUGGCGAGUCGCGCAUGGAUCCAUUCGAAAAGGGCCUGCAUCCCUCCCCACCGACGAUAGCCGCCAUGCCAGUGGCCGCCCGAAAGGAGCCCUUCAUGACGGAGUUGAUGGACGAAACACUGGCUCUGCAGAUCAACGAGUUGCUGGAAAGGCACAAGCUAGCAAAGUCUGCAAGCGGAGAUCACGAACCGGCGCAAGGCGUUGACCCCAGGCCAGUCAUACUGCUGGUAAAUCCCAGCAGCUACGGCACUCAGCUCACCUAUCCCUCCAGCUGCAUUGGCACGGCGAAUCCCAUGCCCUUGGGUGAUGCCAAUGCAGCAGGCUCCAUGCGCCGCCGAUCCUCAUCACUGUCCAUCCAGGACAAGUCCAAGCUGCCGCGGGAAGUGCUGAGGUCCGAUCGCCAGGUGGAGAAUCUUCCCCCACCCAGGGAGGCCAAAAGCACUGCCACAGUGGGUCCCAUGAGUGGUGUUGGAGCAGCAGCGGCUGGCUUCCGGCAGCGAAGCAACUCCUUCUCCACGCCCAGCAAUCCGUCCACGAAGGCCUACGAAAGCAGGCGCACGCUCAUGAGCAGCCGCUUGAGGACGCCAUCGAUAAACGAAUCGGUGGCCAAACCCCAGGGAACCGUGAAGGCCACCAAGCCCAUCAAGCCCGUGGUGCCCAUGAUGAAAGUGACAGCUAGCAACGAGACCACCUACCUGAAUCCCGUCCAUCCACGUGUCCCGGACACGCCCAUUUCCUCGCGGAGCAAGGCCGGCCAGAAGAUAUCCUGCACGAGCACCCCGCUGCCGCAGAUGCGCACCCAGCAGCGGCGCUCGCUGAAGCCGGUGCCAGGAUCCCUGGCCAACGCCUCCUACUCGACGCCCUCGUUCAGGGGACCGAGCUUCUCCAAGAAGACCAGUUCCGGCUAGAGUGCACCCGCCUGGCCCGUGGCGUUGGCGCAAUGUCGCCUGAAAGUGAAUUCGUAUGUGAUGUCCGAGGUCAAGUUUUUAACCUUGAAGAUAAACCUACAUUGUGAAUACGGCUUGGCUAUCUAUCCACUAUACGUUGUUGUUUCCUACUUCUUUUUGCCUGACGUCACAAGAUAAUGCAAACUGAUAUGCAGUCUGGACUUAAUUCUGAACAUACGACAGAGUUAUCUCUUGAAAAUAGGCGAAUUAAUUAGUUAUCUGAGUUACGCGGGAGUUCCCAGCCACUAAAAACAAGUUAUUUUUGCGAGCCCCAAUCUUAAAUGCCUUGGAAACUCGCAGGAGAUUCUAAAAUUAACCUCAUUUGCACAUGCUUAACGUAGAUCUUAACAAGGAAACUAAAAUACUGAAAACGUCCAGCCACUAGGCAUAAGUUAUACUCUCCAGACUAGGUAUUACAAAUAGACUUAACUAAUCUUCUAAAUUCCCAAAUGUAAGAAAUCUCACACACGUAGAGUUUAAUAAAAACGAGAUUGUAAGUUUAACCACCAAGUAA